AUGAAGCGAAGUGCAGAUUCCGAUGUCGCUGCGGCAGAAGCCCCCAAAAGACAUGCUCGACAGGAUCCAGUUUCAUGCGAAUCAUGUCGGAAAAAGAAACUCAAGUGUGACAGAACCCAACCGUGCAGCAGCUGCUCGGCGCGAAAAAUAGACUGCACCUAUGGGGGCUCCCUUCCGGGCCCGAGGCCCUCCAUUCAGCCCAGCCAAACAGAAGGAAGGCCCGGGUCGGACAGCCUCCCCGCCCCGCCGCGGACCUUACGGUGGACCCCGCGACAGGACAUGGGGACUCAAGUUCGGAAUGGAGACGAGUCGCUCCAAACUGUGGACUGGCUCGAGACUAUCGUUAUGGGACAUCGGGUCCCAAGCGCUGUACCUGUGACGCUGAGAGCUGAGCUCUCGCCUCGGAAUAGCGACACAUCACUGUCACAACAAGCUCCGGUUUUGGGGCAAUCUGGUAAACCACCUGGAAGCAGAACUGCUUCUGCCGAAAACCCUUCAACUAUCCACCUGCCGUCCUAUCUGCCGCCACUUGCAGAAGCGCUUGGUCUAUUUCGAUACUAUUGCAACUACCUUGACUUCCAAUAUCAUAUCAUCAUAACACGCCAAGUGGAAGAACAAAUCAAGCACGUCUAUGACUGUGUUGCUGGAAAUCGGGCGAUCAAUUUGGCUCAUACUGCAUUGCUCUUUAGCAUCACUGCUUCCGCCCUGUAUUACCAACUUCUAGGGGAGGCGUCCGAACAUGCAGAGCAAGUUAGUCAAGAAGCCACGUUUCUAACCGGUGCAGCAUUGAUACAAGGAAAUUAUAUUGGAUAUCCCACCAUCGAGGGACUUCAAGCGACCAUGAUCAUCGGCCACCAACUGUCGAAUCUGAGCCUGCCUUCUUCAGUCAGCUCAUUGUUCCUGCAUCGCUCAUGUGUGGGUCAGGCGAUUAGUAUGAGACUCCAUAUCAUUGAUUCGUCUACGCAAGUUAGCGAGCGCUCAUCGUCUGGGUUUCAAAAAACCAGCACUGAACUCAAGCGUCGACUGUGGUGGGAUCUUGCAUCGUACGACUGGCUCAUAGGUUUUUUGAGCGGCCCCCAAGAAUGGAUCUAUUCAAUUCAGCCACAGCAUAUGGUUGUCAGCAUACCCCUCAACGUCGAAGACGAAGAUAUUGAACUGACCCAUCACGACCAACCAAUUUCCAUUCCAACAGUGAUGUCAUACAGUUUAUGCCGAAUGAAGCUGGCGGUUUGGUGUCGACAAGUCGUAGAGGAGACCUCGCACUAUCAUCUUCACGGCCGAGAAGUUCCUUAUGAAACAAUCCUCACACUCGACCGCAAGCUCCACAAAAUGUGUGCUGAGAUCCCAUCGUUUUAUCGCUUCGAUCAAAACUCACGGCGUGAGUAUUCACAACUAUAUCGCGACCGAAAUACCAUCGCUUGGCAAAGGGCAAUGGUACAGCAGGGCUACUACUCUCGAUUUUGUCGUUUGCAUCGCGACUACUUCGUGCGUGGAGCAAAGGACCCCAGGUAUUCGUAUUCCCAUGUGGUAUCACUACAGUCUGCGCGCAAGAUACUCGAAACCAAGCGCAAGAUGGAUGAGGAAGAGCCAGUUUUCAAACCUCAUAGCUCUUGUGUAUGGUCUAUCAUGCAUCACGUCUUCAUGGCAGCCGCGAUUCUGCUGAUAGACGUGUGUUUCAACUGGGAUGACAUCUUAGCUGAGAGGCGAAAGGAGGAGGUUCUUGAUGCCUGUCGCAUGCUUAGUCGAGCUCAGCAAUCAUCGCCUAUCGCGCGCGAGGGUAUUAAUGCUAUGAUGGGUAUACUGCGGAAGCACUGGAAACACGAACAACGACCGGUAUCGCGGGGCUUGCAAAAUGACCCUGUUCCUUCGACUUCGGGCACCUCGCAGAUCUCGCGGCAAGAUCGUUUGACUCCUGUUUCCAUGGGCUCUGGCUCUGCUACUUCUGUGCAGCAGGCCUCUGUCAAUCAGUCGGCUUUAGACCCGCCCGUGACUCUUUCCCAUGAUGUGGCUCCUCUGGAGGAUGUGUGGGCUGAAAUGCUAGAAGGCGGAGUCCAUGCCGAGCUAGACACGCCGGAUUGGACGGUCCUGUGGAAUGAACUUACAAAUGUCACGCUGUCAAAUGAGUGA